CAUGGCAACCGUCAACUUUACAGGUGUGGCAACGCUCGAGGCACUAGGGCAGCCAUUUUUUUCACGCUUUGUAAAAAACUUUUUUAAAAGUUGUGGAAAUUGUAGAAAAGUCAAAAAAAACAGUGCCUGACCAGUUUUAAUCGCUUGUGCAGACCGACCAAAGUAUGCAAAACUAAAUUUUGUGUGUGCGCGCCGUGAGUGAACCGAACAAUUGAACAUGGAAACAGUGGUUGCCUUCAACAAUGAGCUCUCCGGGCUCUAUGACACCCGGCCGCCCAUUUCCAAGGCCAAGAUGGCCGCCAUCACCAAGUCGGCGAUGCGAGCCAUCAAGCUGUACAAGCACGUCGUCCAGAGCGUGGAGAAGUUCAUCCUCAAGUGCAAGCCGGAGUACAAGGUGCCCGGGCUGUACGUGAUCGACUCGAUAGUGCGCCAGUCUCGGCACCAGUACGGCAUGGACAAGGACCUGUUUGCGCCCCGCUUCCAGCGCAACCUCACGGAAACCUUUGCCAAUUUGUUUCGCUGCGCUCCGGAGGAUAAGAGCCGCAUUAUCCGUGUGCUGAAUCUGUGGCAGAAGAACAACGUCUUCAAGUCAGAGGUUAUCCAGCCGAUAUUUGACUUGGCCGAUCCGAAUCACCCCAUCUACCACCAGAUGCCGCCGGUGGUCGGUGGCGGCGGACAGGGAGGCAAUGUAGGUCCCGGACCAAGUAGCAGUGGGGCCCUCAGCCUGGCGGACAUAUCGAGUGGACCCAAUGGCCUGAACAGCUCGGGAAUGGGAAGCAUGGAGCUAAGCAUGAGCAGCGCUGCGGGAGAUGAUAAAAUGGGCGCUAUGCCCGAUUUGUCGCUGGGCCAUGAGAAGUUUGGCGGUGGCAGCAGCAGUUCUAAGCGCCACUACUCGGAUCAGCACUACUCGAAGCGCCAGUCAGGAGCCUCGUGCUCGUCCAAAUCUAGCAAGUCGCAUCAUCACAAACGGGAUUACGUGAAGAGCUCGCACGACCUUGACUACCAAGUGCGGGAGAUCAUCGAAGACGAGGACGACAACCUGCAAAUGCUGAUGGGCGAUGACCACCACUGCAUGGGCGACGACUCACCGCCCACUUCAUCCAAGCUGUUAGACAACAACAAUCUCAAGCAGCUGCUGAACGAUCCUAAUGUGAUCCGGCAACUGCAGACGCUGCAGAACUUCCAGAAGUUCAAGCAGCAGGAGGAGAACCAGAAGCAUCGCUAUCCGGAUGAUGCACUGCAGCAGCACUUCCAGAACGUAAUGAAGGGAAAUGCUGGCAUGCCGCCGGGCAUGGGAAUGGGCAUGGGCAUGAGCAUCAAUUUAAACGACAGCAUGGACCUCAACAAGGAUGUCGAGUUCAUAUCGGAGCAACAGACCAUCGAGGUGAUCAACCUGGAUGGUGCCGAUUCGCGGAGUCCGACGCCCGACCGUGAACGCUACAAGCGCAGCCGCCGGAGCAGUCGCAGCCGCUCGAGAUCUCCGCGUGGACGAGGGGCCGGGGGAGCCGGAGGAGGUGGUGCCGGCGACCGAAGGAGACGCAAUUCUCGGUCCAGAUCGCGCAGCCGAUCGCCACGUUCCAGCCGUCGGAGAGGAUCGCGCGACCGGGAUCGCAUGGAUCGAAGCAACAGGGACAAGGAACGCGAGCACGAGCGUGAGCGUCGCAAGAAGGGCUUGCCGGAGAUCAAGAAGGAGCACCUCAGUGUGUGCAGCACAACGCUGUGGGUGGGGCACCUGUCGAAGCUUGUCUACCAGGAGGAGCUGUCCGACACCUUUGGCGAGUAUGGCGAUAUAGUCAGCAUAGAUCAAAUUGUUCCGCGCGGAUGCGCCUUCAUUGUAAUGAAUCGACGCCAGGACGCUCACAAGGCCAUGCAAGCGCUGAAGAACCACAAAUUGCAAGGACGCGCCAUCACCAUUUCGUGGGCUGCCGGCAAGGGUGUGAAGAGCAAAGAGUGGAAGGACUUCUGGGACCUCGAACUGGGCGUCACCUACAUUCCUUGGUCCAAACUGGGUCCAGAUACGGAUUUUGACGCCCUGGAGGAAGGCGGCAUGUUUGACGAGGACACCAUGCCCAUUCAGAUGAAGCAGAAGAUCAAUCAGGCAAAGAACGCCGGCAAGGACAACAAGGGUCCGUCCGUUGCUGAGGUAGCUGGUGCACCAGGUGUUGGUGUUCCGCCACCAGGUCUGAUCUUUGGCAUCGACACCACCCAGCCACCGCCGGUUGGCCCAGUCGGACCUGUAGGUCCGCCACCCGGUCCGGGUGCACCACCUCCGGCUCUCAUGGGCAUGGUUAGGGGACAAUUCCCGAUGGCGCCACCCAUGGGCAUUAACAUGCCCCCGCCGAUGAUGAUGCCGCCAACGAAUUUACCGCCACCGAUGAUGAUGCCAACGACCACCAUGCCACCGCCCAUGAUGAUGCCGCCAACUAUGAUGCCGCCUGGUUUUCCAGGCAUUGGUGGACCUCCGCACCCCAUGGGAUUGCCACCAGGAGCUCCGUUUCCACCGCCCGGAGCUGUUCCACCCCCGAUGCCCGGCGGCGGACCUUCUUCUGCAAAUAGCGGCAACGUGAGCGACGAUCAAAUGGACAUCGAGAUGGACCUAGAGGACGCCCCUCCUCCGCCUCCGCAACAACAACCUAACUUCAAUCCGUCGCCCAACAAUGCCGAGGUGUCACCAGCGGCCUUGGCAAAUGAGAUGUUCCAGCAACGUGAUCGCGAUCGUGACAGGGAUCGCUCUCGAGGUCCAGGCAACUCGCGGUGGGGCGGCCGAGAUGAUGUGGUCGAAGCGGCCGAGCGUUGGCGCGCCGAGAAUGGCGGCGGUGGAGGUGGUGGACCUGGACCCGGACCUGGAUCUGGACCAGGACCGAACGCAGCCUUCAACGAGGCUCGAGCGCGUCUCAACCUAAACCCGAUUGAUCACGGAAUGCCAAGGCCGGACUUCAUGGAUUUUGAGAAUCGUGGAGGACCUGGAGGACCACGGGGAAUGGGACCACGUGGAAACCAUAACGGCGGCCCUGGGGGCGACUUUUUCCCGCCAAACAUGAAUCACAAUCGAUUUAAUCAGCCCACCAGCCUGAUGCAAAUGCGCAUCCCGCCACCGGCGGCCUUUAAUCAGCGCAUGGGCGGUCCGGCUGGAAACGGUGGGAACGGCGUCGGACCCAUGUUCAUGCGGAACCAAGGAGGCGGCGGUGGCGGACCAGGCGGUGGUGGACCCGGCGGUGGCCCGGGAGGUAGACAGCAAGGACCAGGUUUCUUUAAUCCUCGGAACCCCUUCAAUGACAACCAACGUGGACGCGGAGGGCAAGGAGGAAGCGGAGGACGUGGCAUGGGCGGAGGUGGCCCUGGCGGUCGAGGGCGUUGGAGCGACGAUGAAGACGAGGGCGGUAACAACUUUAAGCGACGUGGUGGUCCGGGUGGUCCUGGUGGAAAUCGAUUCCGCGGUGAUCGCGGAGGCGAAAUGAUGGACGAUCGUCGUGGCAACAAUCAGCGAGGCGGUCGCGGAGGUCCGCGUGAGGAUAGGGAACGUCCGGGCUUUGGUAACAGACGUGGUUCGCGAGACGACAGCAACCGGCACUCAAUAAGUUCCACUGAGGAGGGCAGCAAGCCGACUCCGGCACCGGAGUCCGAAGCUAAGCCUAAAAAUGCUGAAACGGCAACCGCCAAUGCCAAUGUAGGAGCGCCGCCCACGACCACGAGGACAGACACCGAGGAGGACUGGGACCAGGAGCUUCAAGACUACGAUGCGCGAAUGGAAGCUCAAAAGCCAGUUGAAGUUACUUCUCUGACGACAGAUAGUCCGUCUCAAGAACAGAAACCGGCGGAGGAGACCCAAAGCUUUGCCAGGCCAGCUGAAAUUGCGAACGAUUCAGCGGUUGCCAAACCGCCGAUAGAAACUUCAGCCGCCUGUACACCGCUCUAUGACGAGUUGCCACCGCCAGCGAUCCCCCAGUCCCAGGCUCAAUCCUCGAGAGAAGCCGAUAUCUCUCCACCCAGCCCGGAGCCUAAAGUUAUUCACACAGAGGCUGCGCCCAAAGAGGAAUCGGUUCCAGCGCCGGCUGCGGAACCCCAAGCGUUGGCUCCACCUUCAGAGGAGCCCGAACCACAAGCUGCGUCCGCCGAAGUCGAUGCGGAUGCCAAAAGCGAUGCCGCAGCUGAAGCCGAAGCAUAGACGACAGACAGAUCAACUGAGGAACAAACGCAACUUUGAGCAAAUUCAACAGAAACUGUAAUUUAUGAUUUUCCUUACCAAGUAACUUAAGUGUAACUCCAUACAUGCGAAAAUUUUACCAUUUUUAACCUGAGAUUACGCAGCAUUUGUUGACGAGAGUGGGUCGGACGCUUUUUAAAAUCAGAUUCGGUUCAAUUCGCGUAAUUUAACUUGUCGUACAAUAGGAACCACAACUAUCAAGGACUACGUGGAGCAACAGACACACACAGAUAUAGCAAAUAACUAGCAAAGGAAACGAAUUGUAUGGACAGGAAAUUGACAGGGGAGCUUGCGAAGAUGUAGAAGCCCAAUCAUAAACAAAUCAGCAAUCGCAAAACUUGAAAUGUUUAUUAUUUUGUUAUGUAUUUAGUUUUAAGAGUAUAUUUAACACUCAGAUUGUUUCUAAUGCGCAGAUUCUAGGUACACGCAUAAUAAUGUACAAUUCAAAUAUACCUAUAUUAUCGGAUACUAUAAAAUAAAAAGUGAAAAACAUUAA